AUGGCCGCCGAACCGCCCGAAGAUGCGAUCGCGAACUUCGUGAGCUUCACCAGCACCACGCGAGAGCAAGCGAUCAUCUUUCUGAAGGCAAACAACUUGGAUUCUCAGAAAGCUAUAAACGCCUAUUUCGAAGAUCCGACAGGGUCCCAACUAAAGAUCUCUCACCUCGACUCACUUCUCUCAUCUUCAGCUCAAGGAUACGGCCAUCAAGAAUACGCAUCCCGAAUCCCUGCCACCGCUCCUCCCUCUCGUCCACCGUCUCGAGUAAACACACCCGGAAUCACCGAGGCCACGAGGAUCGAAAAUAGCCCAGUGACAGCUGCCCAGGGCAGUGAUACUGGCGCUGCUGCACCUCCUGCAACAGGACUUACUCUCGCUGAGCGUGAAGAGCAACAACUUCAACAGGCUGUCGCAAUGUCUUUGGGGCAGGGUAUUGGACAGCAGGAAAUGGGAAUCGCAAAUACAGCCGAAAACCAACCUGAACCUCACUUUGGAAAAGCCACCCGUGCCCACUACGAUGAGGCAGACUGGGGGAUGACCCUCUUCAAUGAGACCGCCCAAGAAGUCGUCCUUGACCCGGAACCAGAGGACCGCGCUAGGGUGGAGGGUGAGCCUGCAUUUCUCCGACCUACCAACGACAACCUCUACCUGGGGGGUUAUCUUACAAUUCUGCAUGAAAUUCCCCUGGCUCGCGAGGCCUUACUGCUCCGGAACAAAGUGCUAUUCGAUUAUGGACAGGAGUCUCAGUGGUGGAAUGGGCAAUCUAUCAACCUCCCUAAAAUCGUGACGAUCCACGACCAGGCGAGUGAGAACAACGAUUGGGACGAUAUUCUCUAUGAGACGCAACGCCUGAUGGCAUUCUUGGAUUCGACUAAACGAUCAUAUGGAAGCGCCGAUGCUCUCGCGAGCCUGAAUGAUAUUCGCUCGCUCUCGUCUGACUCGGAAGAAAUUGUUGCGAGAUUUCUGGAGACCUGGCACGCGGCGGCGAUCAAGGCCGCUCCUGACAGCCCCCUCGCUACAGCGUUCAUGUCGCACGCAUACAAACGAACACCAUUUGACGAUGGGGAUGACGAGACUGUCUCAAAAGAGCUUUUUGUCUUCGAGCCCAUCAUUGAGCAGGAAAUCGAUCAGACCCUCUAUGACGUCUUGGAUACUGCUAUCUGGAGUGAUCAGCCCGGCGAACCACUUGACGACGUCUGGCUCGAGCACGUGGGCGACAUCGUCACCAUGAAACUGGACUCAUUCAACAACGCCAAGUCGGUGAACAUCCAAAUUCCAGCCACUUUCUAUCCGGAUCGCUAUUUGAGCAGCUGCAGAGAACUUGCACAUGAGCUUCGGUCUAGGAGACUGGUAGUCCAGGACGAAAUUCGAGGGCUUGAGAAACUCAUGGCGCAUUACACUGCUCCACAGAGCUUCAUUGGUGGUAUGGGCCUCCCGGAGCUUCUCAAAAACGCGGCGGCUUCUAUUCCUGUCGCUCUCACGGGAGGUUCGAUGGAAUACAUUGAGGGCGACGAUUUAAUCGAGCUAGAGUCUGCGGCAGAAAAGUCGGAUAGGAUCUCGCAAGAGCUUUUACGUAUCUCUCAACGCAUUGAUUUGAAACUCCGAGAUCUGCAAGCCCAAAAGGAAAAAGCUAUGGAAAUGUUGCGCAACCACUCAAAGAUACUGACUGAAGCACCGGAAGCCCCUGGCGAGCCGCCCGUCUGCCGUUAUAGUUUGCGUGGCGUAUGCACCGAGCCCCAUGUCACAUAUGUUCUCAAACGCGCCGAGACUGGACAUCCCGCGGGUGGUCAGCAGCAGACUACGGGUGAUCAGUGGUGGAGGAUCAGCUACUCUAUUAAAGAUGGAAAGACCCGCCAAGAUGCGAAGCAGAGGACUCAAGAACAUGCCACGGCGACCCAGCCUGGAGAUACCUUUGGUUACACCGCUACCAAAGUUUGCGAGAUUGAGGUGCUACGAGCUGCUCGCGAGGAGUGGAGAUCCGUUCUUUUGGUGUAUGCGAGUGAUGCCGCCAUCAAUGCCCCGAUCGAUCCUGCGCCUACUCAACUCCGUAGCUUCGUGGACAAGGACAACGAAGUUUUCGCCCAUGAAUGCGAACAAAGCAUCACAAAUUGUUCCACUGCAACCGAUCAGCACUCGAUCCAACCGAGUAAUCUGGAGAAGCAGCAGCAGCAGCAGAUGAAGCCACCGCCACCGCCGCCCCGGCCCGCGCAGCAGGUAAACGUCUUUGAUUAUCAAGUCUCGAAUUUCGGUAAUGACAGUGAUUAUGAACAGGAAAUGCAAGAGAAGGGAGGCUCCAAGUUGCUAGGUUCUAUGGCUGAAAGCAAGGCGGGAGAUUUCUCUCGCGCUCUUGACGAUGACACUGAAUGGCACGUCGAGGGAGAACCAGAGAUGGGUGAGCACAUCGAGCAUGCUGCGGACAGGCCUGAUCCGGCGUGA